AUCUAACUGGGCGUGGCUCCGGUCCGAUUUGGACUACACCGUCACUCAUGGUUGGGAAUUCUGCGAAGAGUUCAGGGCAAAGAAGGUUGGUGAUUUUUUCUUGAUAAGAAUGGCGCAGUUGAUAGCACAGUGCUCCGCUGAUGUACGUACCUUGCACCUUUGUGACUGGCAGAGGAGCCGCGGGGGAGAAUGGGGGUCCGGACCCCUCCCCCAAAGUUCUCCUCAAGACCAAUUUUGUAAUCCUUUCAAAACUGAUGAGAAACGGUGUAUGGCGUAACCUCCUAAUGUUUUCACCUAUGACAUAAUAUACCACCAAAUCUGUGGUUUUCAGAUUAUCGUAAAACGUGUCUAAAAGGUAUGAAAUUGCGUUUCACUGAUCCCAACCUAAAAACAGAAACAUUUUUCGGGGGCCAUGCCCUGGACGGACGAUUAGAUCCCCCCCCCCCACUUCGUUUGGGGCUGGCUAUACCCCUUGGUGUGAUUCCUUCGAUAUGCUGUUGUAAAUUACAGGCAAUUCUUUCUUUACAACUUUUAUUUGCUCGUUUUCACGGAAAAAAAUUGACAAUUUUUCCUUCAAAACCGGUCUACAGAGCAGUUAAGAACUGAUAGAAUUGUUCUGUACAAAUCCUGUAAUUCUUUGAUUUUAAUUAUACUAAUGGUAACCUUUUUCUUCUAUUCCAGCAAACUACUUGCAAAAGGUACAUUUUAUUCAUUUAAUCUGUUAUGGUAAAAUUUUAUUUUCACAUGAUUAGAUCGUAGACUUACAUGUGAGCUAGUCGAAAGAUUGUAAAUUAUAAUUGUACAUUACGUGCGAUGAGAAAUCGUCUCUUCUAUUAAUCAUGCAAUGUAAACAAAGCAUAGUAGCUCCUGUAUUAACACUGGAUCGAUAAGAGAUGAUCCUUAUAAUUACUGGACCUUUUGGAAGAAUUAAUAGAGCAAUUCAGUGUAUAUAAAUGACAAAAACAGUUAUUCAUGUUGAGUUUUUCUUUUCCAAACAGUCGGUAAAUGUCCAACUGCACCAGCAAUGCCAGAAUGUCCUUUGGUCCCAAUCAAACUGUGUUCAUUUGAUGGCGAAUGUCUUCUAAAUCAAAAGUGUUGUGAUGAUGGGUGCUUUGGUUUAAAGUGUCAAGAACCAUGA